GGCGUCAAUCGCAAUUUAUCUGCUGCACGCCAUUUUGUCUUUGUCGUUUGUCGAUGGUUUGUAGACACAACCUGAGCAUACAGUUUAUUAUUGUAAAAGUUUAUUAUUUUCUUACGCUAAAAAUCAGUUAUUAAAAUAGAAAUAACGUGAAUAAAUAUAAAAAAAUAUUUAAAAAAUGAGUUACGGUCGUCCUCCUCCCCGUAUUGACGGGAUGGUGUCUUUGAAAGUUGAUAAUUUAACUUACAGAACAACGCCGGAGGAUUUGCGACGUGUGUUCGAGAGAUGCGGAGAAGUUGGUGAUAUUUAUAUUCCCAGAGACCGAUUCACCCGCGAAAGCCGUGGGUUCGCAUUUGUCAGAUUUUAUGACAAACGUGAUGCUGAAGACGCACUCGACGCAAUGGAUGGACGUCUUCUAGAUGGAAGGGAACUUCGUGUACAGAUGGCUCGUUACGGAAGGCCAACUUCACCUCACCGGAGCCGUGGAAGUCGCCGCCGAGGAAGAUCACGUAGUCGCAGCCGGGAUCGCCGACGGUCUCGUUCAAGAUCCAAGUCUAGGUCACGAAGCCGUGACCGUGACCGCAGACGUUCCUACAGCCGUAGUCACAGUCGUUCCCGCUCGGAUAGCAAAAGCUCCCGAGGUAAAUCUCACUCACGCAGUAAAUCUGCCGAAAGAGAGAAUAGCCGAUCUAAGUCUAGGGACUGAACUGGCUAAUGGUGUAUGAAAGUACAACAAAAUGAGAUGCACGUGUUCCGAGUUUGCAAUGCAGUUUAUUCUGACAUUGAAAAAAUAAGAAAAGGUAUAAUAAAUACUCUAAAUACCUAAAUCACACUAGCACAUUCGCAUCUUUUGAUCAUUUUCGUAUUAAUUAUUUCGACGCACUUCUUUGGGAUUUUAAUAAUAAAUGAAUUAUAAAUCCAAAUUAAUUUUAUAAUAUAAAUAUAAACAUAAUACUAGAGCUACAAUUUAUAUUUAACAGAAAAAAAAACUAUUUCCAAGUCAAUUUUUCUAAUCUAUUCCUUAAUCGCGUUGGAAUUUUUUUUUUAUAUUUCUAAAUAGUGUGUUAAAAGUUACUUCGUAUUUAUCUCGCAAGCUUUAUUAUCAAUUAAAGUUGAAUAUAUAUUAAACAAUGUGAGUUUUUGUAUAAAAACAAAAAGAAAAAAAAUCAAUACAACUAUUUCAACACCAAUAUCUCUAACUAACUGUUAUCUGUUUUUUUUCUUUUUUUACGUUAUGUAUUUUGUUUAACGCGAAUCAAAUAAACUAACUCCCCUCGGGUAUUCUCUUGUUGACUAAAUAUUUGUGGACACUUGAAGUCGUCACGUUUAGUAAAAUGAAUUGUCCAAAAUUAAUAAUUGAUAUAGACAAAGUUUAACUGAUUAAUUAAAUGAAUUAAACUUAUCGUAUUUAAUAUACUUAACUUGAUAUCAAUAGAAUUUUAUUGUGUAGAUUUUUGUUUUGAAAAUUUUUUUUCUUUGUUCAAAUUAUUUCUUAGACGAUAAGUUUUGCAUUUUACUGUAACUAUCACUUACAGAUUUAUUUAUGUAACGUUUGCCAUUUGUAAUAAACUAUAUUAAAGAUAAAAAACAAUAAUUCUGAAUACAAA